AUUAUUUAUGAGUUAAAAGAUACUUUAUUGAAAAUUGAAAAAAAGAGAAGGCCGUUCGUUCCUCAUUUGGAGCUGGCUACAGUGACCGUUUCUAUUGCUUAGAGAAAGACGACGAGAGAGAGAAAGGGGCUUUGGUUGUGUGGGAGAUUAACUUUAGGGACGGCUUUAUUCACUUAGCCUUCUCAGUGAGAGGGAAUCUUUCUCCGAUCUUCAGAUUCUCCUUGAGAGAUUACCUUUUCACUUUACCCCGCUCACCUGCUCUUGUUCGUGUCCUCCGCUUAAUCCGCCGAGUGCCGUGGCGGCGGUUUCGGCGGCUCUGCGCCUCCGGUGAUUUCUUUUUUUAUGGGAAUGAAGACUAAGGAACACACAAUGGUAGCUUCUUAAGAGAAACAAAUUGCGGUAAUGUCAGAGUCUCGCCAAAGGCCUCCAUUCAAGGGCCCGAGAUGGAUCAUCACUUUGGUUGUUCUGGUUACAGUCGUUGUCAUCACGGCAUUCGUAUAUCCUCCGCGGAAUUCUGUGGCGUGCUAUAUGUUCUCUGGUCCUGGAUGCCCUUUGUACCAACAGUUUUUGUUCGUACCUACGAGGGAACUCACUGACACCGAAGCUGCAGCUCAGGUUGUGACGAACGAAAUCAUGAACCUCCCUGAAUCUAAGCGACCCAAUCCCAAGAUUGCCUUCAUGUUCUUAACUCCAGGGACGCUUCCUUUUGAGCCUCUGUGGGAAAUGUUCCUCCGUGGUCAUGAGAACAAGUUUUCGAUUUAUGUGCACGCGUCAAAGAAGAGUCCUCUACAUACAAGCAGCUAUUUUGUUGGUCGAGAUAUUCACAGUCGCAAGGUUGCUUGGGGUCAGAUCUCGAUGGUUGAUGCAGAAAGGAGGCUAUUAGCUCAUGCUCUCAUUGAUCCUGAUAAUCAACACUUUGUGUUGCUUUCAGAUAGUUGUGUACCGCUAUUCGACUUUAACUAUAUCUACAAUCACUUGAUCUUCGCGAACCUUAGCUUCAUUGAUUGUUUCGAAGAUCCUGGACCACAUGGAAGUGGCCGGUAUUCACAACAUAUGCUGCCUGAGGUUGAAAAGAAGGAUUUUCGGAAGGGCUCACAGUGGUUUUCAAUGAAGAGGAGACAUGCUAUUGUCGUUAUGGCGGACAGCCUUUACUACACGAAAUUCAAGCUUUUUUGUAGGCCGAAUAUGGAAGGACGCAACUGCUAUGCAGACGAGCAUUAUUUCCCAACUCUUUUCAAUGUCAGUAUGAUUGAUCCAAAUGGAAUAGCAAACUGGUCGGUGACACACGUUGACUGGUCAGAGGGAAAAUGGCAUCCGAGAUUAUACAAUGCAAGAGACAUCACUCCUUACCUCCUUAGGAAAAUUAAGUCCAUCCAACUUGCUUACCAUGUCACAAGCGAUUUAAAGAAAGUGACGACAGUAAAGCCGUGUCUAUGGAAAGGAGAGCAACGUCCAUGUUAUCUAUUUGCUCGGAAGUUCAAUCCUGAAACUCUGGACCGGUUGAUGUAUCUCUUCCCUAACUACACCUCAGCUGGUUUGAAACCCCGUUGAGUGAUCUUGCCAUUUAUUUGGACUGUGAUUCAAAGUCACAGACAAGAACAAGAACAGCUUUGGUGUUUUUUAAUUUUGUUUAUGGUUAACAAACAAACAUUAGCGUGGAGAAAGUUGCUACCAUAUUACUACUUAUUAACAACUUUGUACUCCGAUUCAUCAGUAAGGCUUCUUUGGAUGCUUAUAUCCAUUAAAAAGUAAACAACUGCAAAAAAGUAUUGAAUGAUAUUUUAAGAUUAAUAAUUUUAUUUUUAAAUUUAAA